AUGGAUCCAUCUAGACGUGUCGCCACAGUUUUAACCUCGGUCGUGGUUGCGACAUUGGUAUACAUUAUCAUGAAGAAGGCCAAACGCAAAAGGCCUCCAGGACCUGGAUAUCCCAUCAUCGGUGACAUUGAGGCGUUCUCAGCAUUGGCAAACAACAAGGCUGCCGUCUAUAUAUUCAAGAAACAGAUGCUAUAUGGGCGCAUCAUGGAUUUCAGAGUUUUGAACCAGUCGAUUUAUGUGCUUGCUGAUCCCGAUGAGGCGCAUCGUAUACUCAACAAUAGCCAUGAAUUUUACAGAGAUCGGACGUUCCAGAAUGCUUCAGAGAAAAUAAUGGAAUCUGCCCUGUUCUGUCUUCCUAGUGGAGAUACAUGGCAUCGCCAUAGGAAGCUUCUCAGUCCCGCAUUCUCGCCUAUACAUCUGCAACAUGCCCUAGAGGUCUCCAUCAAAUCUACCAAACAGUUAUGUAAAUACUGGGCGUCACUAGGUCCUAAAGUCAUCCACAACGUGCAUCACGAGUUUGCAUGCCUAACCCUAGACGUAAUUGGACAAGUAGCGUUCUCUCAAGAUUUCGGUGUAGUCAAGUCGUUAUCUACAGACAAUGUGUCCGAGACAUACCAGCUGUUUGAGAAGGUUGGAGGAGCUAUAGGCAAGAGGAUGAACCAACCAAAAUGGUUUUGGUGGCCUCUCGGCGUAACCGUGAAAGAUAUUGAGUAUGAGACGACUCGAGUUCGUCAAAUUGCUAUUGAUGUGCUACAAACCAAAAUGGCUGCCACUGUCGCGAGGCCUGAACGUGAAUGGGACGUUUUGGAUCGAUUGCUGGCCAAAUCAACUGAUGGAGAAGAUAAAUUCACUCCUGACGAGGUGAUUGAUGAACUGAUGGGAUUCUAUUUCGCUGGUCAUGAAACAACUAGCAACACCAUUUCGUUUGCAAUAAUGGCCCUGGCACAAAAUCCCACGGUCACUGCUAAACUGCUGGCAGAGAUUGAUGACCGAGUGGGCAAAGGAGAACCUACCAUGGCAAUGUUGUCUGAGCUCAAGUAUUUGGACAACUUUGUCAAGGAAGUGCAACGUUUGUAUACAGUAGCAGGUUUCAACCUUCGUCGACCCAGGCAAGACAGUGAAAUAUGUGGAUAUAUGGUGCCGAAAGAUUCUGUAGUCAUUAUAAACAUCUGGGCUAUACACACAGCUCCUUGGAUUUGGGGAAUUACAGGGCGUGAUUUCGAUCCAGAUCGUUGGACAAGACCGAUACCACACAAUGCAUAUCUGCCAUUCGGGAGCGGACCCAUGGGAUGCAUUGGCCAGAAGAUGGCGCUCAUUGAGCUCAAAGUCGCACUGAUCACCAUGCUUCAACGAUUCACGUUUGAACUAGUUCCAAAUCAGGAUCUGGAACCGGAGAGUGCUGUUACGAUUGGAAUGCGGCAGGGAUUACGUGUCACUCUCACUCCGCGAUAG